AUGACAACUACAGAAAUAUGCCAAACAAUACCAACAACUACUACAGCUGCUAAUACUGCCACAGCUACUAUGGCACCAUCCCCAUCAGUUAUAGAUAUUCGAAUCGCAGAAUUUGUUUCACGACGUCGUGGAAUUGGAAAAACUUUACCUGUUGGCUGGAAACCACUGUUACCUCCUACUGAUACUGUUCGGCAGAUAAUAUGCGAUCAAAUUAUGACGCGACGUAAGGAAGAGGAAAGAGAUCGUGCAGAACGUGCAGCUCGGGCCGAGGAGCGGAAAAACGAAGAAGAAAAACACGCUUGGUACAGGGAGGAAAUCGCCAAAUGUGAGAAAAAAAUUCAGUAUUUGAGUGCUAAGAAAAUUGAACUUGAUGAAGCCAAAAGUAAGCUGUUUGCUGAGCUUAAAGAAGUAGUUGCAAAAUCAAAAGAUCGGACCCAAAAUCAACCAGCAUUUUAUAAUCAUUUGAUUCAGUCACAAAACCGUAAUAAAGUUUGA